CAACGUUUCGCUCGGACUCCAAACAGCAGGUUCUCAGCUCCGACCCGGGAACCACAGGCCUGAGAGGCGAGCGUCAGGCCCGAGCCUCGACCUGAUCCCGACAGGCUGAGUCAUAAACAAAGCUCUGUGUGUGUUCAGACUGUGGAUUGAGUUCGAAUCCAGACUGGGACCAGGGAAAUCUACAAAUAUGACUCUCAGCAGCUGGGAGGCGUUCUGCUAACAGUCCAGACGGAGAUCCACUGGAAAAACAGGAUUUAAAAAGGUUAACGCGAUGUCCGGCCCCGGUGGUUUGAUCUCAGACUCCAUAGCGGACGGGGCAUUUUCCCCUCAUGGUUCAACUGCGGAGCCCCAAGUUGAUGGAGGUGUAAAUCCACCAUAUGAGGAUAGGAGGAAGAAGACAAAUGAAGAGGAGGAAGAAGAAGAUGAGUUGUUAAAGAAGGGGGAAGAUUAUGGAGACGAGGAAGAGGAGGAGGAGGCGAUCAUCUCUGCUCUUCUGGAGCCGAACACGCUGCCGUGGCCUGGGGACAGAGGGAGGCCUCAGACGGACAACAGCGAUGGAGCCUGGUCAGAGAGAGGAGGGUCAAAGCCUGAAGAGAGGGACACUGGGUUCAGCACAGGAAGUCAGGACAUGUCUGAGAAGCAGAGCGAGGCCGAGGGCGGCAGGAAGGCCAAAGCCAAGUGGAGGGAGAGCAUGCCCGAGGGGGACAGGUGGAGGGACGACGAGGUCGAGCCACGGCGGGACGGGGACGGCUCCCAGGCAGACGAUGAGGAGGAGGAGGAGGAGGAGGAGGAGGCAGGAGGAGGAGGAGGAGAGUCACACUGGAUGUCAGAGAAAGCUGCUCUGGGCUUCACUCCACAAGUCACCAUCGUGCAUCCGUCCGGCAGAAGUCCUCCAGAGGAGAGUCGGCUCUUCAUAGAGAAGGAGGGCGAGCCGCAGGUGGAGGCUUACGGGGUCGCACAGCUUCACCCGGAGUGGACGGAGCAGGACGACCAGGACUUUCCGUGUGAGCGGGGGUGCAGCGUCAAGCUGCUGCUGGUUCUGUCGACGGUGGCCGCGGCGCUCCUCUUCCCUCUCCUGGUGUGGGGGGGUUUCGAACUCCUCCCCUUCGAGCCGCCGCUGCUGCGGAGCGCCCCCCUCAGGGUGGUGUACACGCUGCGCUGCUCCUUCUUCGCCAUGAUCCCCAUCCUGCUCGGCGUGCUGGUGCAGGGCGUCGCCCGCCUGCGUCACAGCGAGAUGAAGCCGCUCUUCCAGAGCAAACUCCUGAACAGGGAGGUGGCCGUGCACUGGCACUUCGUCAACGAAUCACUGGCCCUCUUCCUCUUCUACUUCCUGCAGCUGGCCGUCAUGGCGAGCUACAUCAGCCAGGAUCUGCUCAAACUGGUGCCGCUGCUCACCAUCAUGUUUGUUUUUGGCAGACUCAUCUACUGGAUGUGCCUCUCUCUGGGCAGCAGCUUCCGGGGACUCGGCUUCGGCUUCUCCUUCUUCCCCAUCCUGGUCAUGCUGGGCGUCAACCUCUACUACAUCUGCUCGUCAGUCGGGCCGGAGUCGGUGUUCGACGUGGAGCCGCCCACCACAGCUCCUCCUCCCAGUCUGCGCUGGUGGGGCUGAAAGACGACGAAUGGCUACAAACACUUUACGACAGAACCCAAAAACCCUGCUUGUUCUUUGAGCAUCUUUCCAAAGUUACAAUCCUUUAAGAUGGUGGUUACUGAAAACACUGGGCAGAAAAUCAACAGAAGAAGAACCAAUUACUAUCAGUUUACAGAGCAUCUAAACAAACAUGCUUUAAUAAACUCAGUGAAUAGUAACUAUUAAGGAUUAUAACUUUUAUCAUUUGAUUACUCUGUGAACAAAGAAAUGCUCAAGGAUCUGUAUCAGGUUUGGAGUUAAAAUGAAGCUCAGGUUGUUCUGUAUCAAUAUGAAAAUUCAGAAACGCGAUAAUAAUCACGGCGACAAAAAAUCUUCCGUUUAUGCGACUUAAAUCUCUAGAGAUGUGUGAAGGAGCCUCUUCCUCUUCUUCACAAUGUUAUGUUUUUGUACCAUUUAUCUUCUGUCACAAACCUUUACACUGUCAGUACGUCUCCUCGUGUUGAGCCGCUGAUGAUCCAGUUCUGAGGCUGAAUCUUCUCAGUGGGAUAAACCCCGAGUUUGGAUGUGAUGCAGGAAAACAGGAAAAAUAAACACGUUUAAAAACUU